AUGUUUGAGAGUCUGUACGAACUCUUUUCGACGUCUCCAGGUAGAACACCCUCCAAUGUAGUUUGCAACAAUGAGAUGCCACCAGCGUUAAUUGUGGUCAUGCUUAAAGCUGAUGAGCAGCGGUCACACACUUCACAGUCGGAGGGAGAGGGACGGAGGUUGUUGAACGGUUUGAUGGCCGCCUACCCAUCGUCCAAUUACAUGUUUGUUAUCGAUGCUGCAGAAAGUACUUCGGAGGUGUUUGCAGCGGUAACUGGAGAGUACAACUUGCUUCGUGAACUUUCUCCAAAAUUCUGCUACGUGGUGUUUGCGGCACUUCGGGACCCCGAAGUGGUUGUUCCUUGCACCAGCGUGUUUAACCCGGCGUGGGUCGGUGAGUUGCGUCGGAUGUUGGAUGGUUUACGUAACCCUCGUCACAUGGUGGCAGAGUUACUGCUGCGUAAGGAAUUGUGCAUGCAGUUGGAGGGGCUUCUUCGGUUUACGGCGGAAUGUCGAUGGAUAGGCGAUGAAUCGCUUUCUGCAAAACUUUCACGCCUGGUGGAUUCCCGUGUCACUGAUUUGAGCAGUAGUAAGAAUUACUCCAUGCCUUCCUGCGGAGGGCUGCAGGUUAGCUGUAUUUCCAUGCUCAAGGAAGAUGAAGAAGCGGGUUCCCCUCCGCUAGUCCUCCAAACCGGGAUUCGCAUACGAGGCGUUGUACCCGACUUAACUAGGUCGUUAAGACUGUCAGACUGCAAUGAACAAGAAUAUAGUCCCCCACUACUGCUCGUCGUUCUGCACGCAGGGGAAUCUAUUAGGGAAAAUAUCGUGGAUGGCAGCGUUGGGCGGGAUUCGUCGGUGCAGGAAUUGGAUUGCUUGUUACAGCAGUUAAGUUCUAGUGAUGAAGUUUUUGUGUCGCUUGGUGGCUAUGUGGUCGUUCCCCUAUGCUCUGCCGCCGCGGCGAGGAAGCAGUGGCUCGAUACAAAAGAGGUUCUGACAAGAAGGGUAACGUAUGAUGGUGCUGACUCCCAUGCUCUAAUUCGGGAAAUGUUGACUCAGGCACUUCUCCCUUUGAGGAAAUGGCACAGAAAGCAUCACACUCCUGCGGAAGAUGAAAAAUCAAGUUCCCCAAGGAGCAGGGUAGCAAUAUUGUUUUACACACCUCAAGAACCGUGUUCUGUGCACCAGUGUGUGCAUUCGAUUGUUCGUGAACAACUCGCUUUCCUUCAGGUGCCACUAUUUUGUAUCACAACUCCGGUUGGCGUUGAUACCGCUUACAAACUACUAGAUAUCAGCAGUACGAGUGGUGAGCGUUGUAUUUGCACCCUUGAAGCAAGUUGCACCGCCAAUGUCAACCACGAUAGCGAGUGUGGUGGUAAGGGUCAAGCGUGUUACGGGGUGCUGGGAUCAUCCACAGGUGAGCGAGUCGCCCAGGCGGCACUAACAGCAAUUCGUAGCGUCACUCACCUUGGUGUUUCUGUCACCGUGCAUUCUAUCGACAACUCAAAAGAAGACACACGCUUCGAAGUUGGUGACCUACGCCAGGGUUUGGACACCACGGUGCUUAUCUCUCGACCGGUGCAGAACCCGGAUCGGGGGGCGUCUGCGAAGCACCAACUUACAAUAUUAGCUUAUUCUGUUGAUAAGAGCAGGUAUGACAUUGUACGUUUCAUGCCUUCAGAAACUGUGAAAGAGGUGCCUUCCUCUGAGCACUCAUGGUGGAGCCAGCUUCAAAUUGCCGGGAGGUUGCUGAAAUCCAUGCCUUCCAAAGCACCCCCAAGUGUCUCACAGCUUGGAAACACUUUGAUGCAACAUUCUGAGGAGGUGCCAUCUCUUGGGGGACUGGCCGAACAACAGCACAAGCUGGUCGAGUGGCUUCUCUCCAACUACGGUACACAAGAACUGGAGGGCACACCUUAUACAUUGGUGAUUGGAUGGUGCCCGUCCCCUUAUAUGGGCAACGGAAGCACCGAAGAGGAGGACGGGUGGCCAACUAGUAGUGGGUACCUUUCAGCGUCUCCAUGCAUAGCGGACCCUUUGGUAGAGCUUCGGUGGACAAACUUUCCCUUCUGCGACGGCGCGCCGGUAACGACAAUAUCAGCGAUCAUAAGUCGAACGUUUCCCUUUGAGGCACUUGUGGAGAGUACUGCUUCCAACUCGCUCGCGCUUGAAACGCUGAGAAACGACUCUGCCGAAAUCCGUCUCGCGUCCAUGAAACACAUCCCUGAACUGAGGGAGGCGCGGGCGCGCAUCGUUGCAUUUCUUAGCGUGGAUACGUCGACUGGUGCCAUGUCGCUACAACAGCUUGUGCCAGCGAAGACGGAAGACGAUGUCAAAGGUGGUAUGUUGCACACCUUUAGGUCACUUCGGUUACAUCAAAUGUACUGUGUGGUGCACCUCGCACUGCGAUGUUCGCUUGACUCGUCGUUCUUCAUGCAAAAUGAUGUUAUCAUUGCAGAUGGUAUUACAUUUAUAACCCCAAGAGCAAGCGUACACGAUGUAAGAGUUACUACCGUAACUCACUGCAGGGCAGAUGUGGAGUGGAAGGGGACAGCAACAUCUGUGAGAAUAGAAUGUAAACCCAUGAAAUGGAUCUCAACUCAAAAAAAUAGUGAGCGGUCACCCGGCGGAAUAUCCGAUGUAACAGAUAGUGAAGUGGUUGGAGCAGACGGUGCCACCACAAUUGUAGAGUACUCUUGCGACGGGUUCCAAGCCGCGGUCGCGGGGCUACAACCCUUCACGCUAUAUCACCUGCGUGUGACGCCCAUUGGGGAUUCAACCCACGGUGCGAUGAUUAGGGAGAAACUGGAGGAAGGGGAAGCGUACUUUGCUACGUGUGUAGAUGCAGGCGUCAUCGAUACCCUUAGCGUAGAAUCCAUCGUGCCAGAUAGUGAGACACUGAAACUAACAGUUGCUCAUCCCGUCCUUUGCAAAACAGCCGCCAUUAGUCGCACACGCUCACUGGUACUCACAAUAACUCCCACCAUGUCAAUGAGCAACUCUCUGGACAAAGAAAAGCCACUUCAAAUGAGACGUAGGAAAUUUUCUGAGGGCGAAAGCGUGGUGACAACAUUUACCUUACAGAAAGUGGAACGUGUACAAGUUUGCAUUGAGUUCAACAUGAAGUUGUGUUUCGGGCAUGUUUACCUGGAAGAAACAUCUAGUACCUGUAGUCACACGUGUGGUAGUGAUGAUAAUGAUGCGCAGUACAUAGACGACAGUGGACAAGUGCGCGGCGUAUGUGUGUGGUUUGCUAGGGGUGUGUCACCAUGGACAAAGGAGGUUGCGCUGUGUGGUAAUAGCUCCCCCAGGUCGUUAAGUGCACCUCCCAUGUGCUCAUCGCCGACGCAACUUUUGGAUGGCUACCGCAUCAGUCGUUCCGACACGCCGUUUGCUGAGAUGCGUAGUGAUUUCAAAGCUUCAAACGAUCUUAAGGAACACUCCACAGAGGAGAAUGUGGUGGUUACGGAAGGGAAGGAAGGAUGUGGAGAAAUGGAGUGGAGCGAGUCAAGUAUUGUUUCAGUAUCUCACGAAAAACGGUUAUCAAAAUAUGUAGUGGAUGACAGUGACCCCAGCACCACCGGUGAAGCGACAAGGUCGUUGUAUUGUGUCUUUUCGAAAGAUCCCACAUUCAGAGGAGUGCGUUUUUUAACGGACAUGAGUUCUCAGGUGCUGUUAGCCAGUUUUGCUGUGGGUGGUAACAGUAGCGGAUACAUCUCGGCUGUGAUCAUGCCCCUAAAUGUUUCAGUCGAUAAUCUUGACGGUGACAACACCUCAUUAAAAGUGAGUUACGCGCACGUUGAUCGUGAGCGGCCGGUGACGGUAAAACUUGUUCAGCACCUCGAGCAACGGUACCAACGUGUCGGAAGAAAAACCAUGCACUUAUAUGCUGUAACCGACGUUUGUUGCCGUAGCCGUGAGGAAGUGCUUGGGGUGAACGGUGUUAAAACUAAGAAAAUGUUGCUUUCAUGGACCUGUGGCGCCCAACAGGAGGGGUCUUCUCUCUUCGUGCUUAUAGGCAGCAAGAGAUACAAACCGAAACCAAACAAUACAUUAUUGAUAGAUUGCAACGACACGCUCGUUGCAGCUCCUGUGUGCUUCUGUGGUUCUAACAUCAUCAAAGAAACAUGUUCCAUAUACUUGGUUCCGCCACCUCCACCUUUAUCGUCGCAAUACUGCACAGUGAGGGCCGUAAAAGAUGAAGCUUUGCAUAUUUUUAUCACCGAGAAGUAUUGCGUUCUAUUGUAUCGAUGCCUUGCUUGUGUGAGUGAUUUAAUAAUGGUGUUACUUCAUGUGGGUGGUGACAACGCCACCGAACUUCCCUGUUCACAACAAAAAUUGAGUGGUGGGGAAACGGGAGUACAUCUGCAGGUACCGUUGGAUGCAGUGGAUCCGGAAAAAAACACAGUUGAGCUAUGCGUCGAAGUUCGAGUUAGAAAUUCUGCUUGUUGUAUUGGGGACAACCCUUUAGUCUCGGAUUGGAGGGAUCGCACUGGUUUCGGCGGGAGUGGUAGCUCAAGUAGUUUGAUCAGUACUAACAUUUUGAAGGGGCGUCGUCAGCAACCUAUUCUACUCAUCCCGUGGAGCACCUCUGAAUCUUUUGAUGUACCUGUAGCAUCCAGCACCUUGAUCAAAAACCUUCAGGUGACCGAGCUCCACUCUACAAGAGCCAAAUUAUCGUGGACAACAGUUCCUUACAAGGAGACAGCGGACGAAAAACUUGGUGUGUUUUUGACGGUACAGUGUGCAGCGGCGGAGGGACAUGUUAAGAAAUACAAAGAAUACGUCGUUUGCUCUGCACGAUCUUUCCUUUUGCGCGGUCUCCUUCCUGCAACGCCAUACCAUGUCGAGUUGUCCCUGGACGGUGGAUGCCCACCCGGUCGUGUUGUAUUUGUUACACCGCAGGAUAUGGAAGAUAAUGUGCUGCGCAAAUUGAUACCGUCAAUUACGGCGGUGUGGGCAUCACGAAGAGGAAGAAACUGGCAACACGUCAUGAGGGCAGCUUGCGGGGGCACGGAUGACGCGGAACAGCAGCGUUUCGUGCGUCUUCAAUUGGAUAUUCCAAAUGUGGAAAGCAAACACUGGACCGUAUCCCCAAGUUCUGCACAAAUUAUAAAGGAGGAAAUUAGCGGCUGUGGCACCUUGCGACUUGCAGUGACUGCCAAAGUCCAGGUACUACUUGUGGCCAAGUCGGGGAAGUUGCUGCAAAUGUGGAGUACUGUAAGCGGGACCCAGAGCCAAACAGUGUCUUUUGCUUUUCCGAUUUGUGGGGGAAAUCCGGCUGCGAGUUGGCCUCAUAUUGAACUGAGAAUGGACUCGUUUGCACAGUUUAGCCCAGCGGCAACGGAGGACGAAACAGGUGAUGAAGUAUCCCCAAGCGUUGACCAAGACUCUUGGUCAUUUAGUGAAAAAGACAAAAUAAGUGACCUAAGAGCAGGCCACUUGGUUAGCCGGAAGCACCUCGGCGAUAGAACCAACUGUCCCUUUGCCAACAGCCAUGUCACUGUGCACCUUGUUGGAUGCCCUCAAUUGAUUAAGGUGGACGAAAACUGCUGUGUAGUUGAGUGGAGUGGUUCUUGUUCGGGUUACGCGAUUCAUUGGCGAGUUGGACCCUCGGGUGUCGUUAAUACGGAACACAUUGAGGCAGAGCGCAAACAAAAACCGAGCAUAACGGUUGAUGUUUCAGCGUUGGAUACGGUUGUGCUCCUUUUCUCUCUGCAUGGGGCAGAUUGUGCCUCCAACUGUGUACUCUUCGCUGUAUUAGUCCCUCCAAAAGUCAGCAAGCAGAUUGGCUGUUGUUGCGAAACGACACGAGGACUGUCCGUACCAACGUCACCUCGAUGUUCCAACAAAGGAUUGAUAAAGGUGGAUUACACACGUGGGGGUCAACCCGGUUCUACCUUAACCGACGGUGAGUCUUUGGGACAGAACGGUGUAAGUGGUGUUAGCAGUGGACUUUGUUGCACUGCAUCCGUUGUUGAUACCUCUAGUCUUGAGUGGCGGGAGGGCUUCAAGGGGUUGCUGAAGGAUGAGGUUUGCUGCAUGCUACUCCCGUUUCCUAUGGAAGUCGUGUGGUUGAAUCCUGUCGUGACAGCCUUCUACUCCCGUAGGACCUAA